AUGCUGUGCACCAUCUGCCUCUGGUCUCAUUGGCAAUUUCCUGUGUCGCACAAAGGUGAGCUGAACUCUCAUCCUCCCCCCACCCUUCCUCCCUGCCCUGUUGCUCCCUCAUCCAACCCCAUCGCGCCGUUCAUGCAUGAAGUGUUAACACGUCUGUCUAGCAGUAUCCGCAAAUCCUCUGGCCAUGCACCCUCUCGAUUCAGGCGACGCCGAUCCCAUUGCCUUUCUGUAUCGGUCAACUCUAACGUGAUUGAUACCUCCAAACCCCAGCUUCGUGGCGCCGCCAUGAUUCAGCGUUCGCGCGCGGUUUUCGAGCCGUUUGAUCCACGUCUGGACAUUGAGGAGGAGGUCAGGACAACACCGAGUUUCCAGUUUGUCAGGCGAAUCCCCUGCGACUGGAUUGAUCAAUUUCCUCGGGAGGAUCUCGAACUUUUCAUCCUCACCAAUGUCGUGAAGCUUGGGCUCCCACUCGUGAUUACGGGAUUCGACAAGCGGUUGGACAGAAAUCUUUUCUCGGAGAAAUGGCUACGCCGGCAUUAUUCCAGUCAUAAAUAUGAUGCCAGGGACCUGGGAAAGGGAUCCAAUUUGCCUUUAACGCUUGGCCACUACCUCCAAAGCAUGUCGACCUUAACUGAAAUUAUUAAGCCUGAGAACUAUGCCCGUCGAGACAUUCAACGACUCUACCUGAAAGAUAUCGACUGCCCGGAGGAGUGGCAGCAGGCUUUGGAGCAGUUGAUCCCAUCCACCUUUUUCUAUCUCAACCAAUCUCCCACUCCCAAGGGACUGAAAGUACCGUCCUCUCAGUCCCUUGAAUACCCCAAGACGCCACAGGGGGAACCGGUCGCGCGGGCUGGGGACUUGAUGAGCAGUCUCCCGGAUGCCAUGCGCGCACAGAAUCUCAUGUGCUACAUUGGGCACGAAGGCACCUACACCCCAGCACAUCAAGAAAUGUGUGCCAGCCUAGGGCAAAACCUGAUGGUAGAGGCCUCGGAUGGAUCUUAUGAAAACGGCAAGGCAACUCGGACGGGCUCCUCCAUCUGGCUCAUGACCGGGACCAGAGAUCGCCAUGUCGUGGCGGAAUACUGGAACUCGAUGCUUGGUCACAACAUUGAUCUGGAAGACCAUUUUGCUCAUUUGAGCUCGUGGAAGAGCGCGCCAUUCACGACCUAUGUGGUCGAGCAGAAACCAGGGGACCUCAUUCUUGUCCCCCCUCUUGCCGCUCACCAGGUCUGGAACCGGGGGACGAGGACCAUGAAGGUGGCUUGGAACCGGACCACCGUCGAGACUCUGGAAAUGGCUUUCGAUUCGGCGCUAGCGCACGCGCGUAUGGUUUGUCGCGAUGAGCAAUACAAAAACAAGGCCAUCGUCUUCUACACCCUCGAACGCUAUUCAGAUUUGCUGCGAUGGGCCCCCACGACUGAUCAUCCCGAAGUGAACAUGCUCCAAGAUAACUUCCUUCGGUUGUUCAACAUGUAUACCGACAUCCUGUUAUCGGAAACCUUUUCGAAGCACCCACCGCUCGCCAAGGAUAUUGAGUAUGAAAAGUUCGAGAGCAACAUCACUUGCUCUUACUGUCGGUGCAACAUUUUCAACCGGUUCUUGACCUGUCCUUGGUGUGUGGGUGAGGAAAAUGAUACCUACGAUAUCUGCAUGGACUGUUAUGUCCUGGGCCGAAGUUGCCAAUGUCUCUCGAAACUCAAAUGGGUCGAGCAGUUUCCGUGGAAAGACCUUGCCGAUCGACAUGAAAGCUGGCGUCGGCAGAUCAUUGCGUUCAAGCCGGACGAUCAGGCACAUAAAUCCAAAUUUCCAACCUUGCUGGUCGCCCGAGGCCAGCUGGGUCGAAAGUCCAUGGCCGAUAUCUGCCAGAUGCAAAUGGCCUUGCGACCAUGGGUCGACUGCAAGAAACCGAAAGAUACCAAGCCAGCGAUCCCGAGUGAUCUCGAGACCGAUCCGGACUCGGACAGGGAUUCACACGCCCGAAAAAGAAGGAGAACUAGCCGGGCCCAAUCCCAGUCCGAGAAACUCGGGCGUUGCCAUAUGUGCAAAAAUUCGGAAUCUCUGUGGAAGCUUGCUUCGUGUGAAACGUGCAACCUCCAAUAUUGUUAUGGGAGUUUGUUUCGAGCCUUCGAUAUGCUCCCGCUCGACGCCAUGUGCCGGUCACACUGGCUGUGUCCGAGAUGCCGCCGAAUUUGCAACUGCGCGAGCUGUCGAAAGGAUCCGACCAUGAAUCCUCACGUACCCUUUGACAUCUUGCUCGGCCACGACACUCGAAAGAUUGCUGAUCCUCGCAGCGUCGAGACCCUCGUCAACCUGCGGGUAUCGAAUGUUGCGUUACUGAAAACAUUCGGUGACGACAAUGUGCAACGUUUGGACCGCUUGCGGCACGACAAGGAAGAGCAACGCCAGCAGCAACUAUUGAAUCAUGAUAUUCAAGUAGGCCUAGAUUCGCCGAACUCGGAUGCUUUGAAUGGCCCCGAACCGAUGAUGUAUGGAAAUCAGCUGCCGGGCAUACCCAUCGAUCCUGCUCUAGAGCUUGAUGGAUCUUUCAUGAGCCUGGAUCGAGACACGAGUGAA